ACGGGAGGGCGCCAUGUUCUCCAUGUUAUUCCGUUGGGUGGUGCUUGUGACAUUCAUCGCAUUCACCGUUGGUGGAAAUGUGUUGGUGUGUUUAGCGGUGGGCACGAGUCGCCGGCUUCGCCGCAUGAACAGCUGCUUCGUGGUGGCUCUGGCUGUAACAGAUCUGCUUCUCGGCCUGCUCGUGCUGCCUCUCAGUGCCACGUUAGAGCUGCGUGAUGGUCGCUGGCCAUUAGGGGGCACCAUUUGCAACAUCUAUCUCUCUGCAGAUGUGACUUUGAGCACCGCGUCAAUCUUCACAUUGCUCGCUAUCAGCGUGGAUCGUUAUGUGGUCAUUUCAACGCCAUUCAGCUAUACCAUGAGGCUUACUAAAGCACGAGCGGCAGCAGCAAUUGUGCUCAUUUGGAUCCUUUCUCUCACAAUGGGCUUCGCUCCCAUCCACAUGGGCUGGAACAUGGCAGAUUUCCACGUGCAGAACCGUGACUGGAGGAUGGAGGAUGAAGGAGGUGAAGGACAGACUUGCCGUUACGAGUGGAACAAUAAUUACGUGCUGCUUGUCGUUUUCUGCAUCUUCUUCUUCCCUCUGCUAGUCAUGUGUGGGAUGUACCAUCGCAUCUUCUGCAUGGCACGUGAACAGGUGCGUCGUAUCCGUGCUGCCACGCCGUCCUUCACUCGUUCAUCAACAUUGCUAAGGGGGGCCACGCUGAGGGAACACAAAGCCACCGUGACUCUGGCUGCCGUGCUUGGAGUCUUCAUCAUCUGCUGGCUGCCAUACAUCAUCUUCUUCACCUGCAUGGGCCUGAGGCACGAAACUGAGCCACCCCAACUCGCACACUCCAUAGUGCUAUGGCUGGGUUACUUCAACUCAGCCCUGAACCCCAUCCUGUACCCCACCCUGAACCGAGACUUCAGACGCGCCUAUGGACAUCUGCUGCGCUGCAGGAACCCGCGCAAGAACACUUCCAUCUCCAUAAGAACCUCAGAAAAAGAACGAAGCAUCAUUUCUAAUGAGUUUCAGAGUGCGAACAAAUGCAGCAAGUCAUCCAUGGAGAAGCAUCUCCACCGGAAAGACAUUAAUGAUGUUGAUGCAAGUCCAGAACACACCAGCUUACACUGUCUUUCUAACACUGUCUUUCACUGUUAUAUAUGAUUAAAAUGUGUGCCUGAUUACAAAACAAGGAUACAAGCAAACCAGGAUAAAGCUCUAGAUGUAUUUCGUCAUAACAAGAAGAUAAAAGAUAACAGGGACGGAUUUUUGGUAUAAAUGUUCCUCAUGUUUCCAUGACUGGUGUGUAUGUGGAUAUUACUCCUUUGAUGAUGGCAUGUUAAGACUGAAGUGGGUGGACACACAGUGAUUUGAUUUCUACAGAGCUGCUGAGGUGACAUGGAGGUUCUUUUUAAUAAGGUGUGGCCAUGAGAUAAUAUAAUCGAGGGCAUAAGAUACAUACAGAUAUAAGGUCACAAGAUAAUCUUGGAAUGGCCUAAAAGAUAUACUGGAUUCACUGGCAUUGCAACACGAAUGUACCAUGUCCCUUUAAACAAAUUCUCAAAGCAAACACAUUUCCACUUCCAACCGUUCUUGCCAAAUAAUCUAAAUAUUAAGUCAUAUUAUACUUAUCUUGUGUUCUCAAUAUACUAACUCUUGGCCUCAAUCUAUUAUCUCAUGGCCUCCAUAUAUUAUCUAGUAGUCUCAAAAUAUUAACUUCCCGUCUCAAUUUAUUAUCGUUAUAUUUAUUAUAUGGUCUUGUGGCCUCUAUGUAUUAACUCAUGACCUACAUACAAUAUAUUAACUAGUGCCCUUAAUAUAUUAUCUCAUGGCCUUAAUAUAUUCUCUUCUGGCCUCAGUAUAUUAUCUUGUCACCUUAAUUUAUUAUCUCAUGGCCUCAAUGUUGCAUCUUGUGGCCUCAAUAAUAAUAUCUUAUGGCAUCGAUGUAUUAUCUCAUGGCCUCCAUAUAUUAAAUGUGGCUAUACCUUAUUAAAAAUGUCACCUCAGCAACUUUAGUAUUUGUCCUGAAUUUAGUUUACUUUUUUAAAAAUAAAUAAAUAAAUAAAUACUCAGUUUUCUCUCACCCUAAAAGUCCUCCACCAUUCAGGAAACCACUGGAGCUACAAUGCUACAACAGUUAAAAUAAGAGUGUUUAUGUAAUGCAAGCUACAGGGGUUUAUAUUUACAUUAAAAGGAAAUA